UCAAAGAAUUGUCUAUGUUUUGCUUUACCUUCGUGCGUGAAGACAUCAAUGAAAUGGGAAGAACGGUAAUGAAAAUUAUAAAUUAGGUGUUCUGUAUUUACGAUAUUUUGGGAGUGAUUAACUGAAUGGUGAAUCGUUUAUGGUUUUACAUCUCUUGAAGUAAUUUCUCACAAGAAAUGGCGUCAACAGGCAGUACACCUUUUCCUAAAUGGCAACUGGCAAUUCUUCUUGGCGCACCUCUUGCCAUCGGUUUAGGUUACCUUUAUCUCAGAAACAGAUUAGAAGAUCCAGAAAAGAAGAAAGUGUCUGAAUUGAAAGCCAAGACUACCAUUUCAUUGGAUAAUGAAGAUAACAACGCUAAAGUUUCUGAGAGCGCUAUCGACCGCGCUAUGAAGCUGAAGGGUGCCGGAAACCGGGCAUUCCAUGCAGGGGAAUAUGACAAAGCUAUAGCUUUAUACAACGAAGCGAUCGAGGCCUGCCCUCCUGACCGUCCCGUCGACCUUGCUACAUUCUAUCAGAAUCGUUCUGCGUGUUACGAAAAACGUGAAAUGUGGGAGCAAGUCAAGGAAGAUUGUACAUUUGCUCUUAAACUCAACGAGAAGUAUGUUAAAGCUUUCUUAAGACGUUCUCGCGCUGCUGAGAAGAGUGGUGACCUUGUUUUGGCUCUUGAAGAUGUCACCUCAGCAUGCAUUCUCGAAAGGUUCCAAGUGCAAAGUUCCCUAGUUAAUGCUGAUAGAAUCUUGAAAGCUCUAGGAAGGCAGCAUGCUCGUGAGGCUCUUGCUAAACGUCGCCCAGUCAUGCCCUCUAAGCAUUUCAUUAAAACAUAUUUCUCUGCUUUCUCUGAAGACCCCAUAACUAAACUGCAACUAGAUGAGAAAGUUGUCAGUGGCUUUGCUAAAGCCAAGCAAGCUCUAGAUGCUCAAGAUUACGACUCCAUUGUUGAAGCAUGCUCUGAUGAAUUAAAAGAUGCUGAUGCCAAGUACAAAAAUGAAGCUCUUUUGUUGCGUUCUACCUUCUAUUUGUUGCUAGGAAGACAUGAUGAAGCUCAAGCAGAUCUUGCAAGGGUCAUUGAUAGCGAUGCUUCCACUAAAGUAAAGGUUAAUGCCUUGAUUAAGCGAGCUUCACUAUUUACCCAAUUGGAAAACACUGAACGUUGCUUGGAGGACUUUGCAAAGGCCGCACAGCUAGAUCCCAAUAACUCUGACAUAUAUCAUCACCGAGGUCAGGUUUAUCUUCUUUUAGAACGUAUGGAUGAGGCUACAGCUGAGUUUGCUAAGGCAGUUGAAUUGAACCCUGACUUCUCUAUUGCUUAUAUCCAGAAGUGUUAUGCUGACUAUAGACAUGCACAGAUCAAUAAGAAUGUUGGAGCUUUGACACAAGUACGAGCUGACUUUGAACGAGCGUUGGAAAGAUUUCCUCGCUGCGCUGAAGCAUACAUCUUGUUUGCUCAAGUAUUAUCAGACCAGCAGGAGUGGGGGCGUGCUGAGGCCUUGUUUGAUGCUGCCCUGUCAGUAGACCCCAACAAUGCUACCUUGUACGUCCACAAGGGGUUAGUGCAGCUGCAGAAGAGCACAGACUUUGACAAGGCAGUCAAGCUCAUCAACAAAGCCAUUGAAAUGGAUGAUAAGUGUGACUUUGCAUAUGAGACAUUGGGUACCAUCGAAGUACAGAGAGGAAACCUAAGGCGAUCCCUAGAAUUAUUUGAGAAGGCUAUCUCACUAGCCAAGACAGAACUAGAGAUGACACACUUGUUCUCUCUCAAAGAUGCAGCAGCAGCACAACUGAAGGUAUCUGAGCGCUGGGGACUGGACUGGACUGUGAGCUAGACUCUUGCCACUAAACUUGCCAUAUACUCAACGAGAAUAAAACCUGGCCGUCCAUGUUAGCCAGAGAGCUCACUAUAUUGUUCGUAAAUUAUUCUCAAUAUAUGUAUCUGUAUGAUAUCCCCUUCUACAUUACCAUUUUUUUUAUUUGUUAAAGCUUUAAGACUGCUUGGAGUUCUAUUAUUUCAAUGUGUCAUAUCAUUUUAAUUACCAAUUUGUUAGAGGUUUUAAAAUAUUGUGCCAGAUCAUAUUCUCGUUGUGGACUUCUGGUACCUAGCCGCCGCCGACUCGCAUCGCAUCGUUGAAUAAUGUUUUUGGUGUUGAUAAUUCUAGUAAGCUGCUUCUUAUAUAUAGCUUUUACUUUCCCAAUCUAUUGUAACUUUUAGGUGCACCAUAUACAAUUGUAAAUGUCAGUCAAUAUCACAUUGUUAUUUGAUUGAGUAGAUAAAAUAUUGCUAUACGAUUAAUCUGUUGUGCUAUAUAAAUGUUUCACAAAACUUAACAAUAGCUUACACAUGUAGUUCACAAAAAUAUAUUGUAAAUAAUAAUGAAAUACUUUGUUGAAAGCAGUUUCUACAUGUAAAUUGAUUUAUUGGCAUUUAUUAGGUAUUUGAUUUUAAGUGUCAAAUAAAAUUUGUGUAGGUUGUACGCCUGCUUCAUAUUGAAGUGGUAAACUAAUUGUUUCUCAAGAAAACCUUUAGAGUUAUUUACGUUCCUGCAUUUAAUAUGAACAAAAUAUGUGUAGCUAAAUUGUUAUGUGUAUGUACAACUGUUGGAUUUAUUAUUAAAAAUGUAUAAAAUCCUUUCAUUGGAAUAUCUUUCUAUUAUAAGUCAUUUAACAUCUAGUGUGAAUAAUGAUUGAGGCUGAGCGGGAAAUUUGCGUAGGUCAUGUUUAAUUUUUCAAUAAGUUUGUUAACUUAUCGACUUUACAUUGUGAUAUAUUAUUGUUUUAUUUUUUUAAUUUGCAUUUAUAGCCACUUAGUUAUUUGAAAUGUUGUAUAUUGAGUUUUAAAUUUAUAUAAUAUAAUCUUUUUUUAAAACAUGUAUUAACGAAAUAUCGCUCAGUCGCUACAUUACAUUGCAAUGUGAAUAAAAAUUUUAUGUUCAAAUAUUGUAUUAGUUAACUUCGAAUAAUAAACUUAUGGGUACGUGACAUGCGCAUAUUAAAACUUAUUCACGCAUGUCACUCUUUGUAAUACAAGAUGGUCAGAUUGUUCACUCAUAAAUGUUAUUUAAAAAAAAAAGCUAAAAACGUUAGUGAUGCGUGAGUUGAAACACGGUAGAUUUUAAUUUGUUUUUUUUUUUUGGGUCCAAAGAAUGGUUGCGUAUCGGAAGCGGUACAAGCACAGCUACGACACUCGAAAAUUGUAGUUGCAUAAACAUUUAUAUGUUGUGGUUAUUUACGUAGUGGGAGUGCGCCUUGAGUUUGUGCGGCGGUGAAUGCGUGCUGGGUGCGUUCAAUACAUUUACUCACCAAUGCAGAGAAAUAAUAAAAUCCAUGUAGAGACAACUACUUUAACUUAUACUCCUUCAACUUAUUCUUGUUUAAUACUACGUGUAUUUUUUUUACAAAAAAAAUAACGUCGAAAUACAGAAAUUGCCUUCGAAAAUAUUAAUUAUUAAGAUGUUUUGGAUGCACCCUAAAAUUAUCAGUUAGAUUGUGAAUUUAGAAUUGUAGCUCGCUGAGAUGGUUCUACAAGAGUUGUUACCUCACCGAUAGUGGAUAGUUAUCGAUUUAUGGAAACUACGAAAUACAUUAUUGAAACUUAAUACAAA